AUGCCGGAGGCAAUUUUUCACUACGGGCAGCGCCGCUUAGAGAAUGAUCUCCCCAAUGUUCAUGUAGCGCGCUUCGUCGAAGAGAUCAAGACCCAUCCGGAGAUCUUCACGUACAUUGCGUUUCCAGUGGUUGAAACCGAGGCGGACUUUCUAAGAGAGGUCUACGAACCCUGUCAGGCAUCGCCUGAGGAAUGCCUCUAUGCCGUCAUCGAUAAAGCUACUGGGAACAAGUACGCGGGUGUUAUAUCCUUGUCACACACGAACGCGGUUAACGCGGUCACCGAGAUGGGCGCGAUUGUCUUCCCGGAAUUUCAGCGUACCCACGUAGGAACGAAUGCCAUUGGGCUAGCCCUCCUCUAUAUGCUCGAUCCACCUCCUACGGGGGGUCUCGGCCUGCGGCGUGUGGAAUGGUUAUGCCACGCCGGGAAUGCGGUGUCUCGAAAGACGGCCCUGCGGAUGGGAUUCGAGUUUGAGGGCAUCCUACGGUGGCAUCGGGCGUUUGCGCGCGGGAGCCCCGUGGAGGCUCUGGAGAAAAGGAAUGGCACGACGGGAGAAGUGCCGGGGAGACAUACCGCGGUCUAUUCCAUUGUCUGGGACGAUUGGGAUGAAACGCGGCCGAAAGUGGUUGCGCAGAUGGAGCGGAAGCAAUAG